AUGGCGCUCUCAUCCGAUCCGUACGAGCAGAAGCUGUAUCAUAUGUUUCAGUCGCACAGUACCGGCGAUGGUACCGGUGGACUCGAUCGAGAUUCACUGAUCAAGCUAUGCCGCACACUGGAACUGAAGGAGCGGGGCCAUCUGCUGGUCAAGUGUUUGAUGACCGGUUGCAAGACACACGUCAGCUUCCGUGAAUUUCGCGAAGGUCUCCUGCAUAUCCUAGGCGGUAACGAAGAAUCGAUCGCGGCUGCCAGCAACAGCACCGAAGUGGACGCUACGUCACCGACGAUAAUGGCGUCCAACAACAGAGCGGAGGAAGCGUACGAAGUAGCUGCUAACUCCGAUCAGCCAGAUCAGCAGCAGCAGGAGCAGCAACCGCAACAGCAGUUUGUGGUGCAACAAAUGGAUUCAUACUCGUCGACAGGUCAUCCAACAGUUUCUAGCAAAAAUAAUCACACCGAUGGUGGUGGUGGUAACUCUAACGGAAGCGUUGGUAGUAAUAGUACAUCGGGAGUUUCAUCCACAUCCGGUUCGCCAUCAUUCCAUACUACCGGGAGCAAUGUGUCGAUUGGCAGCAGCAAACAUCGAGCGACAGCCCAACGCAGCACGGCCCCAAAAAGCGUCCAGCGCAAGGUGGAAACUUUAGAGCAAAACCUCACCAAAGCGUACGAGAAGCAGAACGUAAGCCUCUCGUCGUUAAUCGGUCAAGCGAAGCCACAGCACGACAAGAAGAAGGCGUGCGAUGAUUGCGUUCCAGUGGUUGAUAAUGAAUGCUUGAAUCAUCCAAACCGUGCGUUGAAGCUAGCGCGGAACGAUGCCGAGAAGCUACCACCGGAAGAAGCCACGUUGGAUGACUCGUCGGAUCGGGAAGUAUCGCCGAAGUUUGUCGUCGGCACUAAGAAGUACGGUCGCCGGUCAAGGCCACGGGAGGAUGUGAACGGACUCGAUUCAUCCUCGCUUUCCUCCAACUCGGACAAUGAAUCGGUCACGGUGAAAUCGGUAGCGGGCCAAUCGGCAACGAACAAGACACCGGCAGAGAAUGAUGGUGUGAUCGUGGAGCAACAGCUGCCUGGCAGAACGCGGCAAAGUUUUAUCACUGCAACCGGUACCGUUGCCGCGUCCUCAAAAGUGCAGCGUUCCGCAUCCCAAAGUGACAUACAUGGUUCGAAACGGCGUCGUCCGGUGGUUGGUAGUACGGGUGUACAUCGGUUAAAACGAUGUGCCUCACUACCGACACACCGGCAGCGUCCGGCAGUGGAAAGCAAACGGAACACCACCACGGUCACCAUACGCGAGCAGCUCCACAUGGAUGAUGAGCGGAUCGAUCAGAAGAUCUACUUCAUGAACCUGUCGGAGAAUUUGCGCGAGAUUUGGAACUCGCUGCUGCUUGACUGUGACCGCCGGCAGGGAGAUCUGCUGAAUCAGGCACAGCUGGAGGAAGUGUGUGAGCGUGUGGGUUUGCAGAAAGUGCCGGCCCGGUUGGCGGCCCAGGAAGUGUUUAACAAGCUGUCGUUGCAACCGAGCGAGGGUAUCGGUUUUGAGGAAUUUAUAGCCCUGCUCGAAAGCAAUACCGAUCUGUUGCCGAUGGGUGAAACCAAGGAGCUGCAGCUCGAUGAUUGCGGUGGUUCCACCGCCGUUUCAUCCGUUGUUACGCCAGAAGAAAGCACUUUCACACUUGCAUUGCCCCCAGAUUGGACAUCGGAAAUAGGAUCACUGGCAGCGUCAAUUAUCAUCGACCUGUGGGAAUCAGCUGGUAUAGAAACUCCGGGGAAUUUGCUGCACGAGCUGGGCUUCAACCGGGACGUGAUACAUGUGGCGGAUUUGGUGCAAGCGCUAGAGGAGGAACAUCAGCGGAUUAUUAGUGGACACAUGAACAGCAGCACCAUUAGCAACAUCAGCAACAAUCCGUUCGACGAUGCUGCACUUAUCGUGCGGGCUUCGCUGGUACUGCAUAAGGCAGAAGUGACCGCACUACGGCAAGCGUUCCAUCAGUUGGUGGAGGAGAACAAGAAACUGUACGCCGACAACAAGGAGGUUAACCAUCGGGCGCUGGUCCUUGCGCAGGAAGUGGACGAGCGGCACAAUUCGCUGGAGAACUCUACCCGUACGAAAAUCCGUCAUCUGGAGCAGCGUCAUCACGAAACGGUCAAGGAGCUCACGUCACAGCUAGCCUUCGAACGGGAACAAUUGUCGCACGCGAAUGCGAUGCUGGAAAAACGCAUCCAAGCGCUGGAGAACGAGGAAGGAAAGCUGAAGACAGAAAUGUCCCGACUAGCGGAGGAAAAUGAUGAACUGCGGCAGGAUCAGGAGAAUCUGACGAAGGAGAUUACCGAUCUGCUGGAGAAAAACAUCAAACUCAACCGGGAUAUAGCCGAGCUGGAGGAAAACAAUCGCAACGAUUAUGCGGACGACGAUGAUUGUGGGUUUGUGCGCAAGGAUAGUGAAGAAGUGCUGGACUUGAUCGAUCGGAUAUCGCUGUUGCAGAACGAAAAUACGGGUUUGCGCGAUAAGAACGAUGAGCUGAGUGCCGAGAUUGAAAUGCUCACCGUGGAGCUCAGCAAGUUUAAGCUCAAGCGAUCCACUGCGGUUGGGGAUGAUUUGAGUGUAGCUGCUAUAGGUGAUGGUCCGACCAGUUCGGCCGCUAUCAAGCGACGCGGUGACUCACCGAGCAAGGCGAGACUGUCGGAUGAAAGUCCCCGGCUGGGCAAAUUUCGUCGAUGCAGCAACGAGAAUGACAUCGAAUCGGACUCUUCGUCCGGGGACUGGAUGGCCUUGCACUCGGAACUUGGACAGAGCAUCCGGUGCGCUGAGGAUACGGUGGGUGCGUUGCCUGCUAGCUGUGCAGAGCUGACCGGUGCAUCGUCAGGAAUUUCAAGCAUGAACGAAUCGUCAUUGAGCCGUGACGAUGAAAUCAAAGCACUGCGCACGAGAAUCGAAGAGCUGGAGGUGCAGUUGCGAGAAGCGAAAAAAGAAAUCAAUGUGCCGGAAAAAGUGUUUGCCGUGGGGGAGAAUGUCACGGAUUCGGCUCAACCGGUAUCAUCCGCGCCGGUCUCUGCACCACCGUCUAAGGAUGAGGAGUGCAAAAAGUUGACGGCACGCUGCGAGGAGCUCGAAUCCAGCUUGGAGCAGAUGCGCAAAGAGUACGAAGACUGUGAGGAUUACUGGCAGGCGAAGGUGAACGAUGAGCGAGUGCUGUACGAGGAAGAGCAACGAAUAAACGACGAAAAGUUCACCGAGCUGCUGAAGAAGGUGGCUGAGUACGAGGAACAGUUUGCGGGCCAUUCGAAGCUCGAGAAGGAUGGUCGCCUGUCACCGAUCGAUGAAAAGGAUGGCUUAGAGCAACAGUAUCUCGAACUGGAGGCCGAUUUUGAGCAGGCCCAGAUGGCACUGGAGGAACGGACGGCCGAAGUAGAUAAGCUGCGACGAAGGAUACAGGACAUGGAACAGAUGCACAAAUAUCCCUCGGAGAUGCUGCUCAGUUCUCCUUCGCCGCGUGUUGAUACACCGGAGGUAGAGGAUCGUCCAGCCAGCUCCCCGAUAAGCUAUCUGUGGAAUCAAAGUACAAUCCAACGACCGGUGCGUGAUUAUCAGAAUCCCAAUUGGCGUCCACCGGCGGUUAUCCAUGCCAUUUCGGAAUGUGCUCCUGAAGCUGAUGGCAAGGGCUCCGUGGCCGACAUGGCGGCAGUGCUAUCCUCCGACCCGGCGAUCGAAAAGGGUGGCAAUGAAUGUAUCGGAGUUUCAUCUACGGCGGAGAUCGAUGGUUUGGAUGGGUCAAAUUUCGCUCGUGUUAUUUCACCGAUCCAGAAACCCACGACUGUGGCAAUCUUUGAUGGCGAAAGCUCUGAUGCGAAAAAAAACGUCAGCCAACAUUGCACUACCGUGGCCGUGUUGGAUCAAGUCGAUGCGUCCGAUGCAUGUUCCGUUAGAUCGGCACGCAGUACGCACAGUCUCGCUUCAACGCACAGCAUCCAACAUUCAGAGGGAAGUGCCAGUGGGAUGCAGGCGAAGCAUAUGCGGUUAAUGCAGCUACAGUUGCAGGAUGAAAUUAAAGAUCUUACCCAUGAACGUGAUUGUCUCAUGAUGGAGCUGCAGCAACUAAAGGAAGCGAAAUCGGUUUUGGCAAGAUCAUACGCCAAAACGGCAUCACAUCCUAAUCAGAUACAAAAAAUACAAAACCUUGAACAGAAGAAUCGUCAUCUCCAGCUGAUGGUUAAACAGCAGCAGCAAUACUCUGAGUCCAUAUUGCAUCAAAUCUGGCAGCAGCAGCGCAGCGAGAUUAACGAUCUGCGCAACCGACUCGAAGCGCAGUGCAUUGUCAUCUCGGACCAGGCGGCACGGCUGGCCAACAACGAUAUACUAGUCAAGGACAUGUACGCGGAAAAUUCCCAGCUCAUGUUGCAGGUGCAGCGGCUCGAGCAUCAAUGUAAUCGUGCCAACUGGAUGCAGCAGUACAGCCAGUCAAACUCGUCCUCGGGCAGUCACCACGGGUUGAGUGGUGGCAUUAUGCCAGGGCUACCGUAG